ACUUCUCUUCUAAAGAUCCUAAGGAUCUUAAAGACUCUAAAGAUUCUAACAGACUUUAACCUUUACGUAUGAUGUAUUAUAGAAUGCUUUCACAGUUCUUCAUAUUCAUUGAUUAAAAACAUUUGAUCUUAAACAGAGCAGCGACUUUCAAAUUUUUUAUUUAAACAACACAAACCUUUCUCUUCAAACAAAAUCUUAUCCAGACCCUGCUGUAGAAAACAGACAAAAAGCAGGGCUGCAGGAGUUCAAGCAGAAGUAACAGACCAAGAAUACACCCACUGGGCCACCUCCUUACUCCUCCCCUCUCUGAGCUCCUGCCCCUUAAAUCCUAGGGCUCUUAAGUAGUUCCUAAAUCCAGCUGUUUCUGAAUCACCUGGUGAAUUUUAUUUAUUAAAAAAGUUUUUUUUUUAACAUUUAUUUAUUUUUGAGAGAGAGAGACAGAGUGUGAGUAGGGAAGGGGCAGAAGAGAAACGGAGACACAGAAUCAGAAGCAAGCUCCAGGCUCUGAGCAGUCAGCAUAGAGCCUGAUGUGGGACUUAAACUCAUGGACCACAAGGUCAUCACCUGAGCUGAAGUCAGACGCUUAACCAGCUGACCCACCCAGGCACUGCUCACCUGGUGAAUUUUAAUGUCAUGGAUUUCUGGAUCCCUGCUAGACUUCCUGAAUCAGAAUCCCCACGAGUAUGUCUGGUCAAUCUGUUGUUUGUAAAACCUCCACAGGCAAUGCUAGUUUUCAGCCAGGAUUGGGAACUACUGCUGAAGAAUAUAGCUUGAAAAGCGAUGAUUAAUAGAAGGCUGGGGGGGCACCUGGGUGGCUCAGUCUGUUAAGCAUCUGACAUUGGCUCAGGUCAUGAUCUCGUGGUUUGUGAGUCCGAGCCCCGUGUUGGGCUCUGUGCUGACAGCUCAGAGCCUGGAGCCUGCUUUGGAUUCUGUGUCUCCUCCUCUCUGUCUGUCCCUUGCUCAUGCUGUGUGUGUGUCUCUCUCUCAAAAAUAAAUAAACAUUUAAAAAAUUAAAAAUCGAAGGCUGGAAUGCUAGGCCUCCUAAUGUAGGCAAAUAGAGCUGGGAGCAUGAACAGGACUUGAGGACCAGAGCUUGAUAUAACAAACAAAUAGGAGGGUGUGUGUCUCCUAGCUCAAUGAAAGAAGUCCAUAAAUUAAGAGAAAAAGCACAGCAAAAAUGACUCUCAAACAGAUCUCAGUAGCAAGGAAGUGAUACAAACUACUGUUGAGAGCUGGAGUCCCCAUUUACAGAUUUUAUAUUUUUAUUCUUUUUAAAAAUUUUUUUAAAAAAAUAUUUGUUUUUGAGAAAGAGAAAGAGCACAAACCAGGGACGGGCAGAGAGAGAGGAAAACUCAGAAUCCGAAGCAGGCUCCAGGCUCUGGGCUGUCAGCGCAAAGCCCGAUGUGGGGCUUUAACCCAUGAGCUGGGAGAUUAUGACCUGAGCAGAAGUUGAACGCUUAACCGACUGAGCCACCCAGGUGCCCCUGUAUUUUUAUUCUUCAGAACAGCGAAAGACUCAAUACUCUAGAAACAAGCAACAUUGAGCACAAUUUUUUACUUUUUUGGAAACAGAUCCUUAUGCUUCAUUAAACAACACUGUUGAGAAAAUUUGUUUAAAGACUUUCUUUUAGACAUUUGAUUAGUGAAGAAUGAAAAAUAAUUUAAACUAGCAAACAAUAGAGACUUAUGGAUUCAUAUAUAUCUGAUUCAUAUAUAUCUCAGUAUAUAUUCAUAUACUGACUUAUAUAUAUCUCUGCACAGUGAACAGAAACAAAACCAAACAAAUGUAAAAGGACAACAGAAGGAUGAAAUAUGUAUAUAGGGGCGCCUGGGUGGCGCAGUUGGUUAAGCGUCCGACUUCAGCCAGGUCACGAUCUCGCGGUCCGUGAGUUCGAGCCCCGCAUCAGGCUCUGGGCUGAUGGCUCGGAGCCUGGAGCCUGUUUCCGAUUCUGUGUCUCCCUCUCUCUGCCCCUCCCCAGUUCAUGCUCUGUCUCUCUCUGUACCAAAAAUAAAAAAUAAAAAAUAAAAAAAAAAUAUGUAUAUAAGCAUGAUUUAAAAAUGUUAGUGUUUGUUAAAUAGGAAAAAGCUUAUCUAAAUUUGUUAGGAAAUUUUUUGUGGAAAUGGAAAUGAUCCAGUGACAGAAAAUUGACAUUAGAGAAAAUGCCAGUAAACGAGCACACUAGAGAUGCACUUUCUAACACAAAAAAGUAAGUUAAAGAAUUUGGACUUUCAAUUUCACAUUUCUGAAAUUUGAAAAAAAAAAAUGCUGGGAAAGAGUGGAGUAAAUUGUUACCCUGAUAUAGAUGAUAUUUUAAAUGGUACAAUAAUUUGGAAAAGAGUAUGGUAAUAUAAAACAGAAUAAGAUAACAUAUUCCUAUUGUGUAUGUAAUUUUAACUUUUUUUUUUUUUGUAAUUUUAACUUCUUAAGAAAUUUCACAAGUGCUCUAUUUGCAGAUGUUCAUUGUAGCAUUAGCCGUAGUAACUAAGCAAUCCGGAUUAACAACCUAAGUUACACUACACUGCAUUCUAGCGUUUUAUGCAGCCAUUAAAAAAAUCAUAAUUACAAAACUCGGGCAGAAACAGAAAAGUGUUUAUAAUGUUAAGCCCACAGAAUAUAACAUUUAGUACGUAUGUUAAAUAGUUAUUAGUCUAAAUAUGUACUAUAACAUCUGCUAGAAGGUAUUACCAAAAAAAAAAAAAGGAAAUAAAAGUAUUAUAGAACUAAGGUGUGUUAAUUCUACAGAUAUUUGUUAAAUGCCUCCAUGGUGCCAACGGUAAAUUGAAAAGAGUACGACAGUAAAUUGAAAAGCUAUACCUUGUGGCAGUAAUGGAAAGUAUCCAGUUUUACCAAAACUUUAUCCAAUUUUUUCCAAAAUUUUCAAUAAUGUUAUAGCAACUUUUCAUUUAUAAGUUUAGCUAUAAAUUAGGGGCAGUAAUAAAAUAAAAUAUUUGUAAUUAAUUAUAUCCUGCUUGUUAUUUUCAUCUGCUUACCCUCAACACAUGUAUUUUAUAGAACAUGAAAUUAAGAAAUUUUUGUUUUUAUUUUGUGAAAAGCACAAAUUGUUGGUUCCUCUGUUUUCCUUUUUAUUCAUGAAUUUAUUGAUUGGUUUAUUUCUCGACUGGAUUAUUCUUGAAACAAAUAAUUAUUGGGUACUGUGAUGGAUGUGAGGAGGAUCGAGCAGGACAGAUGCCCUGUUUCUGUUUUCUUACUCUGUUAUGGACUCAUUGCAUUAUAGUUCUGUUAUGGAUCAGAUUGUCCCAUUAAGUGUCAUUUUAGAUUUUUAUCACAAAUGUUAUUUUCUGAAAGGAAGAAGGAUUUAGGUAAUGAGCAGAAAGCAUGCAUUUUCAUGCCUUUUUUCCACAAACUCUGUUUUAUGACAUUAUCUGGAAAAAGAAAAGAGGAAUUUUUUUUUUUAACAUUCUUAAGAAAUCAGAGGUGCUUUUAUACUGGUUACUUUGGGUGGCCUCCAGAUUUCUUUUUAAAUAAACCAUUUCACACAAACACGAACAUACAAUAGACAAAUGAGGAUAAUGUGAAGUGGUACUUAAGAAAGAAUGAAAUUGAUCUUCCCAUGGAAAACUAUAUUUGUGUCUUUCCAUUCUUAAUGCUUUUUCCAUUUGUGGGGGCAGUGUUGACAAAACUUAAGUGCCAUGUGGGUGGUUGAUCCUGUGUUUAUCUGCAGACAAAUAUGGAGGAUACUGGAGGUAAAUAUAGAGAAUGUUAUGAAGUAAUAGCUAAAUGAUAAGAAGAAGUAAAGCUGACUUAUAGAAAACCGUAUUUCUGCCUCUGAGUUCUUAAUAACUCCCUUCCCUCCUCGCUUGUGCCUUUUGGGGUGAUAUUGGCAGUAUUGGCAAAAUUAAAGUGGCAUGUGGGUUGAUUCUGGAAUCUUUAUUUCCGUAUGCUCUUUAAUUUCAUCAUCCUGAAGUUGUUGCAACAAUAACAAUAGCUAAAGGAUGACUGGUUUAAAAAAUAUUAAUGGUUGGAGCACUGUCACUUAGAAAUAAACUGGACGGGACACCUUGGGGGGCUUAGUUAAGUGUCCCAACUCUGGAUUUUGUCUCAGGUCAUGAUCUCACGGUUGUGGGAUCAAGCCCUGCCUCUGUGCUGACAGUGCAGAGCCUGCUUGGGAUCCUCCCUUUCUCCCUUUACCCUACUCUCUCUCUCUCUCUCAAAAUAAAUAAACAUUAAAAAAAAAAAAAAAGAAAUACACUGUGAUGCUCGGUUGGGUGUAUUCACAAACAUUAUGCAGCCUAGAUCUGCCAAGGUCCCCUCUCCUGUGGACUUUUAUAAACUUAUGGCUUUUAUAUGACAUUCUAGGCCUUUAUGAAUAUUUGGAUAUUAGAUUGAUUUUUCAAAGAUUCUUAAAUGUUACAUAGUCAUUUAUUUUGAAAAAUUGAGAAAGACUUUAAAGAAAUAAAGAUCUGUCAUCACUUUAACAUUUUAAAAUGUUAGUUUCUUUUAAUUAUAAAUCUUACUACUAUGAGUUUUGUUUGGCUCUUAAGUUAUUUUCAGUAUAAGUCAGAAAUAAGGAAUAGAAUUAAUUCAAUCAACACAUCAUCCUUGAGUGCCUCUUAACAGCAUAGCAACAUAUCAGAACCACAGAGAUGUGUAAGAAGGGGUGCCUGUUCUCAGGGAACUUAAAGCCCAUUUGAAAUAGUCAUAAAUAGUUUUGUCUAGUGCAGCCUCAGUGUUCAUUUGAGGAAUGAUCAUUAAAGUAUAUUUUUUUACAUUUUUAUUCCAUAUCAAUAAGUCAUAUUAAUUUCCUUAAUCGGUUGAGAACAAACACAGAGGUCUUACAUAGGAAGACUUGUUUUAGGACCAUAAACAAAAUCAGCAGCCUGUAACAAGCACUAAAUCUAACCUUGGGAAAUUAGAAUAUGUAGCAAAUUGAGAAAGACAUAUUUUUCUGAAAAAAUAGAAGGUCUUUUAUAGUAAACAUGAGAGUGUAUAUGAUCUGCUGGAAAAGUUCUUUAUAAAGAUUAAAAUUAACAUGUUCAGGUAUUUACAAUGCAGUCCCGAAUGGAGCUGAUUGAAAAUAUGUUUUUCAAGUAUUUUGGGAGAUAACCUAACUGAAGUUAUAAUUUUCCCCCAGUUUUUGCUUCCACUUUUAUUUCUGGCUUGGAGGAAAAAAGAAAAAUAAGCAUACGAGAGUAGCAUGUGGCUUGUUUUGAAUUCACAUAGCUUUCAAAUAGAGGUGUUGAUUUUCAGGUGCAUUAGAACCUCAGCAUGGUGACACUGUUCUUUUAUAAAGAGUAUGCAUCUUUAGAAGUCUCCCCUGGAGUAAGGGAAGAUGAGGAAACACAAGGAAAAGUUAUUAAUUCUGUGGUGGGACAUCAAAGGAACUCAUCUGGCUUGCAUUUCAGCAAUGAGUUCACAUUAAGACAUGGACAGUAAUAUGGGAUAUAUUCUGAGAUCACAGAACUGAAAAUCUGAGAGAUACUUUAACUGUUGGAUAUAAUGAUUAUACUAACACUGGCUAAAGAGUAAGAGUUUUCCAAUCUUGAGAGAAAGACUUGUAUCAUAAAACGUGAGAAUUCUCUUUUAACUAAUAACUUGAGUUUUUAUUCACUAAAUCUUUACAUGAGCUUCAAAUUUGUGGAAAGAUUGAUUUGCUUUCCUUUUUGUCCAAAUGGUUUCUACUUCUGUAUAAAAUCUGAAUUCCUAUUUAGUCAUCUAUAAACACUGGAAGGAACAAACUAGAAGAUGUUGGAGAGAAAGGGAUAAACCCAUGUAAAAUAUGCAAGCAUCUCAGAUCUUUUUCAGUCUGCAGCAAAGGCAGGUCUGACCCUCAGCAUCACUGGACGUGAGGCGGGGUCAGGAUGAUGGAACAAUGGUGGUUGAAGACAGCAGAUACCCAAGUGCCCUUGUCCUUUGACUCUUCUUCACGAUCCUGUUUUCCAGGCCUUCUUCUGUCUGCUUACUUGACCUUUUUCUAUUUCUCUACAUCUGUCUGUAAAGUGGGGCCUGAAGUUGGACCUGGCUGACACACCAGAGACUUGACCACCACUGACUUUACAGGGAUCAUUGGAUGUUUUUACUAUUCAUCUGCUGUCAGCCCUCUGGUCUGGAACUGAUUAUUUAGGGAAAAUUGGUGGAGCCAUCUGGAAACAUGAACAACUUGAGUUUCUGUCUGAUUUCUAAUGCAUGUUUUGAUUGAUGCUAAUUACACGGUUCAUUUCAUUAUUUAUUGUUUCUGUUUAUUGUUAGAAAAGAAAAUCCUAAUCUAAAAUGAGUUGUUUUCAAAGGCUUUGGACUUGGCUGCCCUCUCCACAGAGUACUCUCAGUACAAGGACUGGUGGUGGAAAGUGCAGAUUGGAAAGUGUUACUACAGGUUAGGAAUGUAUCGUGAAGCAGAAAAACAGUUUAAAUCAGCCCUGAAGCAGCAGGAAAUGGUAGAUACAUUUCUCUACUUGGCAAAAGUUUACGUCUCAUUGGAUCAGCCAGUGACGGCUUUAAAUCUUUUCAAACAAGGCUUAGAUAAGUUUCCAGGAGAAGUAACCCUACUUUGUGGAAUUGCCAGGAUCUAUGAGGAAAUGAACAAUAUUUCAUCAGCAGCUGAAUACUACAAAGAAGUUUUGAAACAGGACAAUACUCAUGUGGAAGCCAUUGCAUGCAUUGGAAGCAACCACUUUUAUUCUGAUCAACCAGAAAUAGCUCUCCGGUUUUACAGGCGGCUCCUGCAGAUGGGUGUCUAUAACUGCCAGCUUUUUAACAAUCUGGGACUCUGCUGCUUCUAUGCCCAGCAGUAUGAUAUGACUCUGACCUCAUUUGAACGUGCCCUUGCUCUGGCUGAAAACGAAGAAGAGGCAGCUGAUGUCUGGUACAACUUGGGACAUGUGGCUGUGGGCAUCGGAGAUACGAAUUUGGCCCAUCAGUGCUUCAGGCUCGCUCUGGUCAACAACAAUAACCACGCUGAGGCCUACAACAACCUGGCCGUGCUGGAGAUGCGGAAGGGCCACGUGGAGCAGGCAAGAGCACUGUUACAAACUGCCUCAUCCUUAGCACCCCAUAUGUACGAGCCACAUUUUAAUUUUGCAGCGGUCUCUGAUAAGAUUGGAGAUCUCCAGAGAAGCUAUGUUGCUGCUCAGAAAUCUGAAGCAGCAUUUCCAGAUCAUGUGGAUACCCAACAUUUAAUUAAACAGUUAAAGCAGCAUUUUGCUAUGCUCUGAUUGUCCCUGAGACCAAGUAUAUUCUUACGAUGGGGCAUUGCACAAGGGAAAAAGUAGUGUGCUUGUAUGUAUAGGAUAUACACACAAUGCUUGAUAUUAGUGAAGAUGGCCUAAGGGAGUUUGCACAAGAAUGCGUAAUGAACACUUUAUAAUAACAACUUUCUAAGACAGGAUGUGCUAUUUGUAAGUAGAUCGUGAAAACUUCUCCCACAUUAUAUGGUACGUGUUUGUUUAUAAUGUUUCUGAAACAUUUUCAUGAAUUUCCUCAAAUUUUUAUUAAUGCACAUUUUUAAUGUCCCUGACCUGGCCAUUAGCUAGCAUGUAGCUUUAGAGGUCCGAAACCUGCCAUAAAAAUUCCACUUUUAUGGCUAAAAAUGUGUAUAUAUAUUCCAGUUAGAGAGUUUACUUAGAGCUUAAAAUUGUAUUUAAAACUCUUUAUCAAAUGCUUUGUGAGACACUAUGCAUUUUAUGUAUUAUGCUUUAAAAUAAAUCAGUGUGUAAAACACCA